AUAAGGGGGCGGGAUGGACUGGGCUGCCUUUGUUAACCAGAGAGGGCGCGGCCGCUGGGAUUUUCGCUGCGGGCUUCACUGAGCGGUACCUGGUUACCAGAUUGGGGUCGAGAUGUCCUACAUCCCAGGCCAACCGGUCACCGCCGUGGUGCAAAGAGUUGAAAUUCACAAGCUGCGUCAAGGUGAGAACUUAAUCCUGGGCUUCAGCAUUGGAGGUGGAAUUGACCAGGAUCCCUCCCAGAAUCCCUUCUCAGAAGAUAAGACAGACAAGGGCAUUUACGUCACGCGGGUAUCUGAAGGAGGCCCUGCAGAAAUUGCUGGGCUGCAGAUUGGAGACAAGAUCAUGCAGGUGAACGGCUGGGACAUGACCAUGGUCACACACGACCAGGCCCGGAAGCGGCUCACCAAGCGCUCGGAGGAGGUGGUGCGCCUGCUGGUGACACGGCAGUCGCUGCAGAAGGCGGUGCAGCAGUCCAUGCUGUCCUAGCAGCUGCCCCGGCCCCUGGCUCGUGCCCGCCCGCCUCUGUACAGUGACACCACUUCCACGCUGUCUGCCCCUCAUCCUGGCUUCUGCUGAUGGCUGGGCCCCUGCUCCGAAGGGCAAGAGCUGAUCCCAGAGGCCUGACCUGGCUGGCCUUCCCCUCUCCCACCACUGGCCUGAGGCUCUGGGACCAGCUCUCUCCCUUGGACACUGAGGAUUGGAAAUAAGGGCCUGAAGCCAAGUUGGAGUCAGUUUGUAGUGACCACAGGCUCGGCCCCAGACCCUGCUGCCUGGCCACAGCAGUGCCCAGGCGAGCAGGGGACCCCACUUCCUGCGAGCACCACGUAACUGGGAAAUGCAGGAACUCCAGACCCUGCCCCACAUCUCGGCUCCGCAGGGGCUGGGCCGCAUGCUUUUCCCCACGUUCCCCCGCAGGGACUUGACUCACUGCCGGAAGUACUACGAAGGUUGGCCUGGAUGGAAGCCAGGCAGGCUCACAGUUCACCCCAUUGCACCCCCUCCCCACCUCCCACCCUGAGGGGCGCUGGCCUCCCCAGGGUUCACCUGCUUAUAGGAUUUACACGAGGCUCGAGGCUGACAUUUCAGAGCAGUUCUCAGGAUUGCCAUUUUCUUCUAUGCCUGUGGGUUUAACUUUUAUAUUUUUUUAAUCACAACUUUGAUACAAAGCAUUUUUAUCUGACUGUUUAGAGAUGCCAGUUCAACUUUUGAAUGUAGCUUAACUAAUUCACAUCUGGGAACUACUCUUAGCAAGGGAACCAGUUGUACUUUGGUUCCUGUGGAAAGGGGGCAGUAGGAAGCUGCCCCACAUCUUGUGCCCAAUAAACAGAGCUGGAAUUCUC